ACGGAGGCGGAGUCAGAGCUCCGGGCGGCGGAUCCCAGCGCGGCUCCCGGGAGUCGGCGGUGGCACAGCGGCCCCCGUGGGGCAGAGCAGGAGCCAUGGAGUCCUUCAAGGUAGUGCUGGAGGGGCCAGCACCUUGGGGCUUCCGGCUACAAGGAGGCAAGGACUUCAAUGUGCCACUUUCCAUUUCCCGGCUCACUCCUGGAGGCAAAGCCGCACAUGCUGGGGUGGCUGUAGGCGACUGGGUGCUGAGCAUAGAUGGUGAAAACGCAGGGAGCCUCACACACAUCGAGGCCCAGAACAAGAUCCGUGCCUGUGGGGAGCGCCUCAGCCUGGGUCUCAGCAGGGCCCAACCAGUUCAAAGCAAACCACAGAAGGCCCUGACCCCUCCCGCGGACCCCCCGCGGUACACCUUUGCACCCAGCGCCUCCCUCAACAAGACGGCCCGGCCCUUUGGGGUGCCCCCACUCGCUGACAGCGCCCCACAGCACAAUGGACAGCCGCUCAAACCGCUGGUCCCCAAUGCCAGCAAGCAGCGGCUGAUGGAGGACACCGAAGACUGGCGGCCACGGCCGGGGACAGGCCAGUCCCGCUCCUUCCGCAUCCUUGCCCACCUCACGGGCACCGAGUUCAUGCAAGACCCGGAUGAGGAGCACCAGAAGAAAUCAAGCCAGGUGCCCAGGACAGAAGCCCCAGCCCCAUCUACACCCCAGGAUUCCUGGCCUGCCCUGGCAGGCCCUACCACCCCAAGUCCCACCAGCCGCCCGCCCUGGGCCGUCGACCCUGCGUUUGCGGAGCGCUAUGCCCCAGACAAAACCAGCACAGUGCUGACGCGGCACAGCCAGCCGGCCACGCCCACGCCUCUGCAGAAUCGCACCUCCAUUGUGCAGGCUGCAUCAGGAGGGGGCAGCAACGAUGGCAAGACUCCUGUGUGCCACCAGUGCCACAAGAUUAUCCGGGGCCGCUACCUAGUGGCGCUGGGCCAUGCAUACCACCCUGAGGAGUUUGUGUGCAGCCAGUGUGGGAAGGUCCUGGAAGAGGGUGGCUUCUUUGAGGAAAAGGGGGCUAUCUUCUGCCCCUCCUGCUAUGAUGUACGCUAUGCGCCCAGCUGUGCCAAAUGCAAAAAGAAGAUCACUGGUGAGAUCAUGCAUGCCCUGAAAAUGACCUGGCAUGUCCAUUGCUUCACCUGUGCUGCCUGCAAGACGCCCAUUCGUAACAGGGCCUUCUACAUGGAGGAAGGGGCACCCUACUGCGAGCGAGACUAUGAGAAGAUGUUUGGCACAAAAUGUCGAGGCUGUGACUUUAAGAUCGAUGCUGGCGAUCGCUUCCUGGAGGCCCUGGGCUUCAGCUGGCAUGACACGUGCUUCGUGUGUGCGAUAUGUCAGAUCAACCUAGAAGGGAAGACCUUCUACUCUAAGAAGGACAAGCCACUUUGCAAGAGCCACGCCUUCUCCCAUGUCUGAGCACCUCCUGCCUGCUGCUGACACCCCACCCCGACCCCAAGAGUGAGAACUCUGGAGUGAUCACCUCCAACAUUUAUGGAGAGGGCUGGUAAUGGCUGCCCCAACCCCAACUCUUGGCAGGAGCCCGAGGUUCCCUGGGCCCUGUUUCACCCCCUUCACGCCCCUACACACUUCCUUCACCAUCAUCACACACCAGUGCUGGCCACACCAGGCCCAGUUCGCUCCAGUGCCACAAUAAACGACAGUCCAACUGUG